ACAACGUCCUACCCACGUAGGAACUGGCCGGAUGAAGUUUAAUAUGUAUCAACAUGUUCAGAGAAAUUAAAAUAAUAUACUUUCUCUUGAAUAUCUGGGGACAUCAAGGAAAGAAAAUGUUCUAUUCACUAAAAUAAUAACUCCAGACAAACAUCGCCACUCUAAUUGCCACAAUAAUUAAAUUACAAUUCAAAGUUAAAUAAAAAUUUCGUAAUUGCAGGGCCGUUCUGUACGAAUAAAAAAAUCGUAUUUUUUAAAUAAUUCAUUGUAUUGAUGGCAGAUGCAAUAAUAGAAUAGUGUUAUUUGCAAAGUAGCGGAUCAAGCUUUUUGGAGGCCCAAAGCGGAAUGGUAUUUGCCCCCCAAAACUAAAGAGGAUUUUAACAAAGGUACUUACAUCAGGGUGAUUUAUUUUGCAUCGGUCUAUUAUCACCGAUCGCGGAGGGUGAAUCUUUGAAAGCAUUGAUCGGGGUGUGAAUUGAUUUUAAUAGGAGGGGCAGCUCAUUUUUGGAGGCCCUAUCGCCCUUCGGAGCCUCCAAAAACACGACGAUGACAAACAAGUGGAGGGAGUUUUCUGAAAUCUGAAAGUAUUGCAACAGGAAUAUGCCUAUUAAUUUCUUAGCGAAUUGACCUCUUUGUGUUCCCCAUCAUCAUAUUGGCGAGUGUGCAACCCGUUCUUCUGAUAUCUACAUUCUCAAACGGAUAUCUAAAUUCUCGUUUUUGGGGCCCUUCUGAACGUCGGACCCCAAGGCGAUCGCGAGUGGGUUUGUUUCAAACCUUUUUAGAAAUAUUCUAUUUAAUUUUUAACCCACUUAUUACACUUAAGAUAGGUCACUAACACGACAUGCAAAACACAUAAUUAUCAGCCAGUUUAUAGUGGAACGAUAUACCUAAAAUAAUUAUUCAAAAUACAACUAUCAGUGUUUACCAUACGUAAACUUGGCCUAAACGAUUGCCCUAAUUUAGUUAUCAACAGAAAUGACUCCCGCGGACAGAAGUUGUUGAAUAAUACUCGUGGUAUAUAAAAACACCGCUCACUCGAUACAACCAAGCACAACAAUCAGAAUGAAGUCUUACUGUAAAAUUGUUUAUUCAGUGGCGGCACUCAUUAGCCAAAGAGUAAUUCCUACUUAUACGGACGAUCGAAACUCAUCAACCCCGGUCAACGAUUGUUCGAACGAGGAACGUAUUGUCGGCGGUGUUCCGGUUGACAUUCGUGAUUUUCCAUAUCAGGUGUCGUUACGUCGUGGAAGACACUUUUGCGGGGGAUCUAUUAUUGACGACCAGUGGAUACUGACUGCCGCUCAUUGCACAAGCCUUUUUUAUUCACACCUUCCGUGUUGUCUCAGAACCAUCAACGCUCUUGGCCUUUGGGUUCAUGUUGGUUCCACUCAUGUAAACGAUGGUGGCCGAUCAAUCAAAGUGAGGCGGAUUCUUCAACAUCCGAAGCAAAAUUCUUGGAGCGAUUAUGAUUUCUCAUUACUCCAUCUGGACCGACCGUUAAGCUUCAGCGAAUCGGUUCAGCCGAUACGUUUGCGUAGACCGUCCGAAAGCGAAGGUGACGGUGAACUUUCCGAUGGUACCCUGUGUAAAGUUUCCGGCUGGGGUAAUACUCACAAUCCGGAUGAAUCAGCGCUCGUUCUCCGGGCUGCCAGUGUUCCCCUGACCAACCAUCGACAGUGCAGCGAAGUGUACGAAGGCAUUGGAAGCGUCACCGAAAGCAUGGUAUGUGCGGGAUACGACGAGGGAGGUAAGGAUUCCUGCCAGGGAGAUUCGGGCGGUCCGCUCGUGUGUGACGGUCAAUUGACUGGUGUCGUUUCAUGGGGUAAGGGAUGUGCCGAGCCGGGAUUUCCGGGAGUUUACGCAAAGGUUUCGACAGCAUUCGAAUGGAUCGAACGAACGCUGCAGGUGGAACGUGUAUCUGCAGCACCGGACGAAGUAGAAGCCUUUUAGUGUCGAAUCAUUUUAAGCCGGGAUUAGCAGCGAAAAAAAGUUACACAUGCCCGACAUUAUGGAUUAUCUUUUACCGAAGCACGAAAACUGUGCAGAAUGCAAUAAUAUGACGUGUGAAGGUCGCUAUAUGCUGCUCAAUUUAUGAUUGCUCUCUUUCCAAUAAGAAUGCA